ACGCUAUUGACACAGCAACAAACGAGAGCAGCUCAGUGAUUGUAAAUCCAUCGCUUUUGGAGUUUUCGGGUUUGUAAACUGCCUAUAUUUUUCUGAAGACGGGCGUUCGGGUCGAAGAGCAGACCGCAGGGUUUUGCCAUGAACGGCUCGGUGGCCAAAAAGACCCAGGAAACUCUGGGGAAAGUGAUAAAGAAACCGCCUCUGACUGAAAAACUGCUCAGCAAGCCGCCGUUUAGAUACCUACACGAUAUUUUCAGCGAGGUAAUUCGCACCACAGGCUUCAUGAAAGGUCUUUAUGGAGAAGCAGAGAUGAAGUCAGACAAUGUAAAGGAUAAAGACUCAAAGAUAGCAUUCCUUCAGAAGGCCAUUGAUGUGGUGAUGCUGGUGAGCGGGGAGCCCCUAUCUGCAAAGCCUGCACGAAUAGUUGCUGGCCAUGAACCAGAGAAGACUAACGAGCUGCUCCAAGCCAUCGCCAAGUGCUGCCUUAACAAGCUCUCCAGUGAUGAGGCGGUGAGGCGUGUCUUGGCCGGAGACAAACUGGAUCUGAAGGGGAAGGCCAGCACCUCCAGGUCCCAGGGCAAGGAGAACCGAGAGGGCCGAGAGCGCCACACAGAGAGAGAGGAGAAGAGAGAGAUUAAAGAGAGCAGCUUGAGCCGAGAGCAGAAGGAUUCAGACCAUUCGAAGGACCCAGAGAGCAAGAGGACUGAGAAAGACCGACACAGAGAUGGUGAAAGGUCGGAAAAGGGUCGAGAGAGAGACAGGACAAAGGACCGGGAUAAAGACAAGAGUCGUGAUCGGGACAAAGACAAGGCCAGAGAGAGGGAGCGGGACAAAGAUAGAGACAGAAAUAAGGAGAGAGAACGAGAUAAAGAGAGGGAGAAAAACAAAGAACGAGAUUCACACAAAGAAAGGGAGCGAGAGCGGGACAAAGAUAGAGACCGUGAGCGGGAAAAGCGAAGGGACAGAGACAAAGAGCGGGAAAAGGAACGAGAACGCCCAAAAGAGUUAGAGGAGAGGCCAAAGGAGAAAACGGAUAAAAAGGCCAGACCAGCUGAGGAGCUCAGUAGGCAAAGACCACACCCAGAGGAGCCCAUUAAAAACCAUAAAGCUGAGGAGAGUGAAGGAGAUGAGCUAGAAGAGGUGCUUGAGGCAAAAGCUAAUGAGCCAACAGAGGCUUUGCAGAACCAGCCAGAGUCUCCUGCCAGAAUACCCAGGCCUUCAUCUGCCAAGGGACAGCGACGUUGGCCCAAAGCAGGAGCCCCAGAUGAAUCAGACAGUGAUGGAAUGGGUGACAACCCUUCAGUCCAAAAACAAGUCCACCUUGCAAAUGGAGACGCAUCAGAUAUUGUGCCAUCCCAUGCAUCUCACAGCAGCAGUAGGAGGAUACCGCGGCCUAGCAGUGCGAGGCCAGCCCCUCCACGAGUGAAGAGGCAGGAGAGCUACACUGACGGAGGCCCAGUGGAGAGGUUGGGCAGUGGCAAGCCUCACUCUGCUGUCAUUGUGGAGGGCAAAAGACUCUCAGAAGAUGAAGAGGAAGAAGAUGGGCAGUUUGUGGUAGAGGAAGCAGUUCCACCUCCACCUGACAUGCCUGAGUUGGAGAUGGAGCCAUCAGUUGAACUACAAGGUGAUGAAAGGCACGGUGGGCUAGUGAAGAAGAUCCUAAAAACCAAGAAGGAUUUUGAAUCAUCACCCUCAUCUGUAAAAUCAAAAGAUCAGGAUCACACCCCGGCGUUGGAGGCAGCUCGUAAGAAGGAGCGGGAGCUUGUGGCCAGGGAGAUUGAACGCCUGCGCACGUCCAUUCAGACUGUGUGCCGCAGCGCCCUGCCUCUGGGCAAGAUCAUGGACUACAUCCAGGAGGAUAUGGAUUCCAUGCAGAAUGAGCUGCAGAGCUGGAGACGGGAGAACAAAGAGCAUGCACAGGCCCUGCAGCAGGAGCAGAGAAUCACGGACAGCUCUGUGGAGCCGCUGAAAGCUGAGCUGGCUGAACUGGAGCAGCUCAUCAAAGACCAGCAGGACAAGAUUUGUGCCAUCAAGGCCAACAUCCUCAGGAAUGAGGAAAAGAUCCAUAAGAUGGUGUCCAGCAUAAACAUCUCCUCACAAACGUGAAUGAGUCAAUACCUGAAAUAAAGCCUGAAGCACUGUCCACACAGGAGAGCUCUCUCACUCAGUCUCACAGUAGCUCUCUGGUGAUGGUUGUCUGAUUUGCACUUUGAGUGGGUGUUAGAUGAAAUGUGGAGGAUACUGAUACAGUAGUCACCCACUUCACAAUCCCCUUAUGGUUUGAGGUGCCUUCAGUCAGACUCAGAGUCUGAUGAGUUUCUGAUUGGGUUCGCUGGGAUUUUCGCAGUUUCAUACAGAAAAAAACAAACAAAAAAAACACGCACUGUGUUUUUCCCCUUCCAUAGUAGAUUUGCACACUUGAGAGAUGUGUUUGGUCACAUUGAUACUGAUGUAUAAUAUUUUUUUGUAAUGCGGAUUUCCAGUCUCCUCCAUGUUCUCUAUAGAAAAAGACUGAAUUAAGUGACACUGAUUGAUUGUUGACUGUAUCAGUGCCUUAGCCACACUGAUAAGAGAACUUCUUGGCAAUAUGUCAGAUUACUUUAUUAAUGCUUUUCAGGUGUACUGUGUCUCAGUAGCUCUCCAAAGCUUGUCUUAAGCAAUAGGGGGCAGUUUUCUAGACAGAGGUUAUGUGUAGUCUUGGCCUAAAUCACACCAUCAAUGAGGGUACUCCAUCAAACCUUCUUUUUGGUUUGGGUCCGAGUUAAAUCUAGUGGGAAAACCAGCCCACAUGUUGGCUGAACGUUAUGCAUGCCAAAAGCUGGGGAUUCUCUAGAAAAGCACCACUGCACUUUGAUCAGUGAGACUGUGACUGGACAUGUCUGUAGUGAUGCGAAAAGAGGACAUUUUAGUACAUGAGGAGGAACCAAUGAGGCCUGUUGUGGUACACUACAAAGAGGUUUUAAGAUAAUCUGACUGGUUUUAUUUGAUUAUUAAAGGUUACUGUAUUGCCUGUGUUUUUUACAUGUAACCUGUAGGAAGCUGACAUUUCAUGUUGGGUCAGGGGGAACUGCUUUCUUACACUACUUUAUAUUACUGUUUGGCUGAAUAGAAAACAUUCUAUCGGGCUCACCAAAGGAUGUGUCCUCAAUAUGUACGAUAUUUCAUGCAUGCAAGAUUUCAAAGUUGUUGUUUUCUUUUUUUUUAAAUUGACCUUUGAACAUCCUGAUGUAGUAAGUCAUCCCACAAUAACACUGAGCAAAAAAUUAUAAGACUGAUAGUGCUCCAACCUUAAACCAUACACUAUUAAUUAUUGCAUAUCAGUGAAUAUUUCAUAUCAGUAUUAUCAGCUAUAUUACAGCAUGAACUACAGUGAGUACAGUCAGAUAUUAAACUGCAAAAAAACAAAACAUUAAUUUCGUAACAUUUAGAUAUUGAAUGCAAAACAAGAGUGGACCAUUUACACUGUAAGCUAUUUUUACCACAUCCAUAUUGUAUUUGCUGUAUAUUAUGUAUAUUUCAUUUGUAUCAUAGUUCACAAAUGACUAUAAAUUUUGUAGUGGAGUGAAAUAAAUGGCUACAUUUAAGUAAAA